AUCACCGGUCGUUAAUUUAGUCGUCCGAGGAGUCGUAUGUGGACAACUCCUGAACCAGGGUCACCUUUUUCUUAUUUAUGAUGAUGUUAUGUACCAUAUUAAUGUAAUUUAUGAUUAACUGAACAUAUGUUUUGUGAUAUUUGGCAGCUGUAAUUUUAUCCGUGUGGUAGUGUUUACAAUAUAUUAACCCCUUAGACAGAUGACAGUGCCAGGGUGUUGUAGGGUGUAUGUCCGCGGAACACUGAUAAGAGAUGCUGCUGACACACGGCUGUCAGUCGCAGAUAAUAACGCCCUGAAGUCGACAAUGAACUGACGAUGGGUGCAGACUAACUUCGAGUCCAAAAUAUAGGUGGACCUGCGGGAAGUAGUCUUAACAACGCCUACGCCAAAUCCAGCACUGUCACUAAGGAAAUACUUUGUUAUUGUGUGGAAUUGUUUUAUCUCUGGAAAUGCGAUUUUUAAUUCAAUGGACCAGUGGAGUGUGUUUGUCAAAGUUGAAAGUGGGCAGCUCCAGACGGUUAUGGCUUGACCACCGCCUAAAGCUCCCCGCGACCUUUUGCAGGAAAGUGCCGCUGUCCUCCGCCUGGAGCCAACACAGAGGUUCCACAUUCGUCUGUUUACACAGGACUGCCCCCCACACACCUGUUGCCUUUACCAGAUCUUUUGCACAAUAUGAAUCAGAGAAGACUGAUGGAAAACCUGACCAGGCAAAAUCACUUGUCCCAGUGGAAGAUGUCAGAAGAAUUUUAAAACUUGCCUACCCAGAGAGAUGGAAACUUGCAGCUGCUGUAGGUUUCUUGUCCAUCUCCAGUGCAGUCACCAUGUCGGCUCCCUUUUUCCUGGGUAAAGUCAUUGACACUAUUUACUCCACUGGCUCAGACACAGAGACAAUGGCAGCAUCGCUCACAUCACUAUGUCUCAUGCUCACUGGGGUGUUUCUCUGUGGUGGAGCCGCUAAUGCUGCCCGAGUGUACCUCAUGCAGACUUCUGGCCAGCAGAUUGUACGUAAUCUCCGCGACUCAGUCUUCUCCUCCAUUCUGAGGCAGGAAGUGGCCUUUUUUGACAGGAAUAGGACUGGGGAGCUUAUCAACCGCCUCUCUGCUGACACUGCUGUGGUUGGCCGUUCAAUCACGGACAACUUGUCUGACGGCUUGAGGGCCGUUGCUCAAGCAGCUGCAGGUGUCAGUAUGAUGUUCUAUGUGUCUCCAAGUCUCACAAGCUUUGUGUUGCUGAUCGUCCCUCCGGUGGCAGUCCUUGCAGUCAUUUAUGGCAGAUAUCUUCGCUCAAUCUCCAAAAAAACACAGGAUGCACUAGCGCAGGCCACACAGUUGGCAGAGGAGAGAAUCAGCAACAUCAGAACAGUUCGAGCGUUUGGUAAAGAGCUUUCAGAGGUCGUCACAUACUCCCAGAAAACUGACCGUGUUCUCAGUUUGGCCAAGAAGGAGGCAGUGCUCAGAGCUGGCUUCUUUGGGGUGACUGGCCUCAGUGGAAACAUCAUGAUCUUGUCCGUGCUUUAUAAAGGAGGACUUUUGAUGGCCAGUCAACACAUGACGGUGGGGGAGCUCUCCUCUUUCCUCAUGUAUACGUUUUGGGUCGGCAUUAGUGUUGCAGGCCUCAGCACUUUCUACUCUGAACUGAUGAAGGGUUUUGGAGCAGGGGCAAGACUCUGGCAACUGCUGGACAAGACCCCGGAACUUCCUUUAAAUGAAGGCCUAGUCCUGGAUGAACAUAAGAUGAAGGGCCGUCUGGAGUUUUCAAAUAUCACUUUUGCUUAUCCCACGCGAAAGGAAGCGCCAAUCUUCCAGAACCUUAGUCUGCUGGUCCCUGCAGGCUCUGUCAUGGCUGUUGUGGGGCCAAGUGGCUCGGGAAAAUCCACCCUGGUCUCACUGCUCCUCAGGCUAUAUGAUCCUGAUGCUGGGGUUGUUACACUAGAUGGCCAUGACAUCAGAGAUCUCAACCCCUACUGGCUACGGAGUAACAUAGGAACAGUAAGCCAGGAGCCUGUGCUGUUCUCUUGCUCAAUCAGAGACAACAUAACAUACGGUGCUUCGGAGCCAAGCGCUGUAACAACAGAAGAAAUCUAUCAAGUGGCCAGAGCAGCAAACGCAUAUGAUUUCAUCCAGGCCUUUCCAAAUGGUUUUGACACCGUAGUGGGAGAGAAAGGAAUAUUGUUGUCAGGUGGACAGAAGCAGAGAAUAGCUAUAGCCCGAGCACUGCUUAAGAAUCCCAAGAUCUUAUUGUUAGAUGAAGCUACAAGUGCUUUAGAUACAGAAAAUGAGUUCUUAGUUCAGGAGGCCUUGGAGCGUUUGAUGGAAGGAAGAACUGUCUUGAUCAUUGCACAUCGCCUCUCCACUAUUCAAAGUGCUAAUGCUGUAGCUGUUCUGGACCAGCAGCGUAUUGCAGAGGUCGGCCAGCACACAGAGCUGCUCAGUAACAGGGAGGGACUGUUCAGGAGACUGAUGGAGAAGCAAGCGUUUUUACAAAAAGAGCAGAAACGAGCCCUGAGUUAAGAGUCUCAAUACAAAACAUGUAUUUAUGAUGCUCCUAUGUGGUGCCACCUUUUACAUGACAAAUAACAUCUGUUAACAAACAAAAACUAGCUUUAAAACUACCGUGGACAAACUUUGACUACUGGAGAUUGUAGCAUUAGUUGGAAAACACAAUACGCAUAGAAACAGUCUAUUGUGGUUUCAAAUUAGGAUUCGUAAGUGUUGACAAUUUUAAAACUCAAGGCGUGAAGUAAAGUCACUGUAUGUGCCAUUAGUGAACACAUGAUUGAAAUACUAUUUUCUUAAUUUAUAAAGUAUAUAAUGAUGCCUAUAUAUUUGUGAUGUUAAAACUUGCACUGUUUUGAGCGUUUUUAGAUAUGUAGAUAAUGUAACUCAAGCAGCUAUGGUUUAUUAUUCAGUUGUGUUAAACAGGACUAAACACUAUUUUGAUAAUAUGCUUGAAUACAGUAUAUCACAGAUUUAUAUGUACAGGCAUAUUUAUGAGAAAGUAUCCAUGCUAAAGAACAAUGACAUGUUUAUUAGAUAGUCCUGUGUUUUUUUACUCUUACUAAGAAGAGUAGAAAUGCAGGUCAAAAUCAUUUACAAUCUGUGAGUUAAUAAACAGUUUAAGUGGUGCUGAUAAUUUUCCCAACAGGUUUAUUUUUAUUGGGGAUUAUGUUUUUUAUUUAAAUUAAAAAAGGCUUAAAAUAAAAUAAGAAGUUAAUUUAAACCCUAUAAACCCGAGAAGAAAACCUUUAAAGUGUACUCUCUCUUUCCUCUUUGACACUGGAACAAUAAAUUGUGAACCACAAUUAAUCCAUUUUAAAAA